GCGGUGUGCUGGCAUUUACUUAGCUAAUUCACUUGCCUUAAACUCUCAAAGAGGCUGUCCCGCUUCUUUGAUCGCGUCUCCACCAUUGCGCUCUGUUGAUCCUCCAUCCUCAUCCGGAGCAACAUCCUAUUACCCGACAUCAACCUCUCUCACUCUCUGGUCGGGCUGUGUCCGGUCAUCUACACAAUUCUUAAAAAUGAAGCACUCCUAACUUAUCCUUUAUUUCUUUUGCCGACAUUCAAAUCUAGCAACGCUGUUUCGAACCCAAUAGUAAAUCGCCAUUACAACUACUUAAUCAUGGUCGCCGAAUUCGAACGUGGCGUACAGGUACGCCAAAAGCGAGUCACUACCUAUGGCAAGGCUUUGAAGAAGAGACGACCAAAGGCUGUUUUUACACCAGUCACGGCUUCUGAAUCUAUGUCCGACGAUGAACCUGUUGUCGCGACUAAACCAGUGACGGAGAGUCGCCGCUCGCCUCUCGUUCCUGCGCCGAAACCUAAAAUACCGUCUGCGCGCUUCAAGAGUCUAGACGAAACUCGUGACACACGAAACACAAUCGCAUCAUCGCAAGGGCUCCCUAGCAUUGAUAGGAAGCGAAAAGUCUCACAGAUUUACCAAUCCAGGGAACAAUCGCAACCAGUCAGUGACGAAGAACCCCCAUCUGCGCCAGAACCUCGUCGCUCGCGUGUCUCGCAGCCCGAUGUCACGAACAAGGAAGGCGCCAGCGCCCGGCAAUACUCUCCUCCCAAUUCAAUGAGCAGAGACACGAUUGGGCCUCGACUAUCGAGCCCGCCGCCUACACCUACGCCCCCAAGAGUAUCUAAGCCUGUAGCGAAACCACCAUCUCAUGUCCCCAGGCGGGCACCCGUGAAUUUGCCUUCAACCAAGAGUGUACAGAAGCAACCUAUACCACACCAACAUCCAAUUCCUAUACACCUUGCCCGAGAUCUAGAUGGAAAAGCGAAGCAACCAAACCCGCUGUCUCGUACGAUGUCACAGGAGCAAAGCCAACGCGCGUUGGUUAAUAAGUCUCGAGGUAACAGUCUCGCGAAAAAGCCACGGAAACGAUUGAUUGAUGCUCUAGUGGAACAAGAGUCCAGCGAUGAUACAGCUAUAGACGAAGACAUCAGUGAUACUCAAGAUACCUCGUCCCAAGCUAUGUUCAGCCAAUCAAGUAGCGCGAACGAUCUAGACAACCAAAGCUCGCUGGAAACUCCAAAACCCAAAGUCAGGAUAGCGCCUGCCACAGGCGCAAGAACAUUUACACGGUCUAGCAGCGCGCUCAAAUUUACCUAUGGGCAGGGGCGGAAGGUGCUUGAAGAAGAGGAUGACCUAUUAGAAUCCUUGGCUCUGCCAAGUGAUUCGUAUUCGCGAAGACGAUUGGAUCUUGGGAGUCCUAAGAAGCCAACGGCGGCCACAGGGUCGUUUGACUACGAUGAUGUUGACGAUGGAUCAUCCAAGUCGCCUAGCUCUAAACUACGAGGUAUCCAUGAACUUCGGCAGGCCGGCGCCAAUUCGCGCGUGGCUGAUGCCAUGCAAGAUAUGGUCGACCAGAUAGGCAAGCCUGGUGCCAAUCUAUCGUCUCGUCGAGCAGCCUUGUUGCAGGUCACCGAGAAAAUGCGAGAUAAGUCUUUUAUACGACAGUGUCUUGAUCACGGAGUCGAUAACGUCAUGCUCAAAGACAUCGGCAAAGAAACUGAUGCUAUUUGCACCUACCUCAUCUUGUCCUCGCUCGCUAUGAUUAUUACCAAUGGUUCAUCCGCCCACUUGGUCUCAUUGCUUCGCACAGAGCAAGCUGGCUCAGCAUUCGCUCGGCUCCUUAGCAUCAGUGAAGACAUAAAAAAGGUAGCGAGAGACCGGAAGACUAACCUUUCCAAGAGAAGCCAAACCUCGAUCAUUGGUAUUGAAAGCAUACUUCGAGACUUAUCUAUUUGGGAUGGGGAGCGACCUUCAUUUAUCUCGCCAAGAAAUCUCGCCAUCAAAUGUCUUCAACUCCUCAUUGCACAAGACGUUCUCAUUGGUGGAGAUCAAAGCAUUGUCACAGAUGCUGUUACAAAGCAUCUUUUCGAGGUGCUCUCCGAUGCUAGUAGCAAUUCUGAGUACUGGGGCUAUCCGCAGACUGCGCGAUCAGUUGAGCUUUGCGGCGCGCUCUCUGUGUUAGAUGUCCAUGCCGUGAGUAUGACGGCUACUCGACGCGGCAAUGGUGAAUGGGCCAUAGGAUACCUCCCGCUCAUAGCCGACGCUUUUUAUACGUCGCUUCAAACACCAGCUCAUGAUGGAAAAGCAUUAAAUGAUCUGAUCCUUAAACUCACUAUUAACGUCACCAACAAUAAUCUCGCCGCCCCUGACGUCUUUGCUUCAAAGGGAUUGCUACCAGCUUUGGCUGACUCGAUUUCAAGAAACUUCACCCAGGCCCUAGCCCUUAUCUCCCAGGAUACGGGAGCGGACGGAAUUCUCGAUAGUCUUGUUCUCCGACUUGGAAUCCUCAUAAAUUUUGCGGAGCAUAGUGAGCUAGUCCGACAGAUGGUGAAUGAUUGUGAAUAUGAAGGUCGAGAACCCGUAAAUGAAUUGAUUCGGCUCUUCAUAGACAAUCACCGCCGAACAGGCGAGGCCGAUUCUAUGGAAAAGACUCAUCUCAACGUGGCCUUUGGUUAUUUAUCGGUACUGCUUGGUUAUCUAGCACUACACAGGCCAGUUCGCCGGAAAUUAAUAUCUAUUCAUUCGGCUAAGAGCAUCGGCCCCUUGAUUGGGUCGAUCCGAGAGUUUAUAGCUCAUUAUGAGCAAGUCGAAAACGCCAUAAGCGAGAGCCAAGAUGACGACCGUCCUCACGGAAGUUUUGUUGAAGGGCUUCAACAACUAGUGCAACAGUUGGAGGACCAUGCCGCCCGUGAUUAGACGCUCGGGAAAGGUAGCAAUAGCAGCUAUUAGUUACUAGAUAGCCGACGUACGCCACUCUUAUUGCACGCCAUACACAGCUUAGUUGCGACGAGACCCGUUUGGACGACAAUGUUUCUACAUAUUUACGAUAACGAGACAUUAGACAUGUACUAUAGGACAUAUUUCUACACUUCCACGCGGGCACACACCAGGGACACGAAAGCGACAGUGCGAUGAGUUAACGUUAGAAGCAUUGGCGACAAAGCCACAUCCAAAUAAAUACCCAUGGGCACGGAUUAGAUAGCUAGGGCCAUAUACCCGUCCACAAUAAAACCAAAUGGACCGAGCCUACCAGAGGGCCCUUGCAUACA